CAGUAUAGGCGACUGCCAUAAACCCUCGGUUACACUAAAUAUAUCAAAUAUUUAAAAGUUGAUUAACAAAACCACUUUGUGACCCAGAUGCGGUGGUCAUGGUAAUGAGCCGUAACACGGAAGUAGUCACGUGACUUUAUGAGUUUGCGCCACAUAAUUAUACAAAAAUAAUAUUUCAUUAUUAUCAUUAUUUUGAAUAUUGAAAUUAUUAGAUUUUAGUCAAUGACAUAAAUGGUGAAAAUAGAAGUUCCAUCUUUGUCGAUAGUCCACUUUUGCGUUGUAAGCCGGAAGUUGUAAUCAUGGUCAAUUGCGCUAGCACAAAUGUAGCUUGACGUUAGUCGUUCUGACAUAUUGUAUGUUUUAGUGUUGGCGGUCGUUUUCUGAAACACGACAAUGGCAAACGAGGAAAGUGAGAAGCCACAGUUUUGUAUCUGUAACUGCUUCACCACCGACAACAUUUUUCUGGAAGACUACAAGCUCCAUGUUCGCUUUAUAACAGAGGAGCAGUUCAGACAGGACUACGAAGCACUUCUGAACGGACUUGGCUGCGUCACCCAGCAACAGUUUGAUGCUAUCCUCAACAAGAUUUCGCGGGAAGUGGAAAGGCGAAUGCGUCUAUCUGUGACAUCUAUGGAGAGAAUGUCAGCCAUCAAAAACGGAUACCAGCCUCUUCAUCCUCACGUCUACCAUCUUCAGGAAAACUUCCUCACGCCAAAGUUCAAGCAUCUUGUCGAGUAUUGUCGAAGUGGCUCAGUCACACUCAACAGUCUUUCUGAAUUGUUGGAGGAAGAAGCAGCUUCGAGGGUGUAUCGCUUUCCUGUGUUUCACAAAAACUUCUGUGAGGACCUGAUAGAGGAGCUGGAGCACUUUGAGCGUUCUGCAGCGCCCAAAGGCCGACCUAACACCAUGAACAACUAUGGGAUGCUCUUGAAUGAACUGGGCUUCGACGAGGGCUUCGUCACACCUCUCCGAGAGCAGUACUUGCAUCAUCUUACCUCCUUGCUCUACCCAGACUGCGGAGGAUGCAGUCUUGACAGUCACAAAGCCUUUGUUGUCAAAUACGACAUGAACGAAGACCUGGACCUCAGCUACCACUACGAUAACGCAGAGAUCACACUCAACGUCUCCUUGGGCAGGGAUUUCACAGAGGGAAACCUUUACUUUGGCGAUAUGAGACAGGUGCCUUUACGUGACAGCGAGUGUACGGAGGUUGAACACAAACAAAGCGAAGGGGUUCUCCAUCGAGGCCAGCACAUGCACGGAGCCCUGCCCAUCUCCUCUGGCCAGCGAUGGAACCUCAUCGUCUGGAUGAGAUCCUCACAGGUGCGCAACAAACUCUGCCCCAUGUGCAACAGGAGGCCAGCGCUGGUGGAAGGAGAAGGCUUCGCUGAUGGAUUCACCAGACACGCCGCUCCACUGCUCGCCAACUCGUGCGCACUUACCUGACGCGUGCAACUGCAAGUGUGAUGUCAUCUGCUUACACAAACAUUCUUCCACUUUUUAACCCACUUGGAUUGAGCUGUGGACAGUGUCAAAGAAACGUUUUUACUAUUGAGCACCGACACAGGAGUCUAUUUAUGUCAGCUUGUUAACCAAACUGAAGGUCAGAGCUGGCCGUCACAUCUUUUUACGUAUAAUGUGUGUCAAAUAAGCACUUUAGCUUCAUGGCUAAAUGUAUUUGUUGUUUCAGUUGUGAAUGUACUUCAUGCACUAUAUUGCCAAAAGUAUUUGGCCACCUGCCCUGACUCUAAGGCUGCAGCUAACGAUUAUUUUUCUAUCGAUUAAUCUAUAGAUUAUUUUUUCGAUUAAUCGGUUAAUAUAUAGAUUAUUUUUUUCGAUUAAUCUAUAGAUUAUUUUUCCUUUUACCGAUAAUUUUUUUUAUUUAAAAUGAAGAUGAAAAAAUAAAUUUAGGCCAGUUUUUUCAAAAGGCAUGACUUAUUUACAAAAAAAAAGUAUGGCCACUCAGUCAACAUUGACAACAACAUGACAAAAUAUUCUGUAACAAUGUAAGCAUUUAAAACUUUUAACAUUUAACAAAAUUAAAAGUAGCUUAUUUGCUUUUUAAUGUGCAAAUAUAAAAGUAAACAUCCAGUGCAAAUCUUAAUAUUCUGCAAUAGUAUAAGCAUUUCAAAAGUAAAAGUAUUGCUUAUUUUGCUUAAUAACACAACAAUGAUAGUAUGAUUAAAGUGAAAGUUAAUUGUUCGUUUGUACAUAGUAUAUGUAACUGUUAAUGUUGUAAAAGGUAUUUGCACAACUAAUUAACGUUAGCGUUAAAGAGGAGCGCGUCUUUGUAAACACUGAACAGGCACGCCAAACGCGCCUCUCAGAGCGAAACAGUGUUUUAGUUUAUGAAUUUACAACGCAGAUACAAAUGACACAUUCAUGUUUUUGUGUAAUGAUGACAACGUAUACUCACGCGGACGAUUGACUAGUUGAUGGUGAUGGCAAGAACGCUGUCGGGUGUUUUCUUUUCAAAUGUUCGUUCAUAGCCGUUGUGCUGCUAUGAUAGGCCAUUUCCGCUCGACACAGUGUGCAUACAACAACUGUCAAGUGUUUUGCUUUUUUCGCUGUGCUUAUCCCACACUUGAAGGGAUGUACCAAUGCUGAAUGUGGCUUCUGGAUUUCACUCAAAAGACCAGACCGUAGUUACUUUUUCCUUUUAUUUUCCUUUAGUUUGCAACAGUUUUUCCAACGAAGAAACAGCAUCUUUUUUCUUCUUUAGUCUUUUUAGCAGUCUUUAGCAGUGUUAGUAGACUUUAGUAGACUUUAGUUUCUUUAGCUGUCAUUAGCUGUAUUUAGUAGCCUUUAGUAGCCUUUAGCUUCUUUAGUAGCCUUUAGCUUCUUUAGUAGGUGAAAAACCUUUAAGGACAAAACACCACAAGAUUAACAUGCUGUAAAAAAUCAAUCAAUUAUCAAUCCCAUAAUUUACAAUUAUUAAUUAGGCUAUCAAACUCUUAACCAUUAAACAAGUGCAAGAAAAUGGACACAUCUUUUCCCUUUAAGUUAAAACAGAUUUUAAAUAAAUUGUCUCAACAUAAAUGCACCAAGAUACAUAUAAAAUACAUUUAAACCCAGAAACACAAUAGAUAAAUGCAGCAGAAAACCCAAUAUGCAAAUACAUAAAUACCUAACCAAUUAAGCACCUAUUUAGAUACAUAUUUAAAAUCCAUAUUCAAUAUAAAUAUAUUAUUAAUUUAGCAGUGAAACACUCAAUCUUAAACGCUGUCUACUGGUAGAAAAAUGCCCCUUUUUCUAUGCCCUCACCAGCAGCCAAUGAUCCAACACAGUUAAAUCCAACACUUUAAGUUGAGCGACUUCACCCUCCUGAUGAAACAAACUGCUCCAACAUUUAUCAAACUAAGCAAAGAAUAUCAACACUUCCUUACUAAACAACAGUUACAUAAAACACCGUGUGUAUUUAGCCUCCAGACUAUUUAAGCCCCCCCAUCUCACCAGCGCAACAGGUGCGCCACACCCACAAAGAGAACUAAAGUGCGAUCUUACCGGCUGUCUGUUCAGCUUUUGGUUUUGGUACACUUUUGGCACAACUCUGGGUUUUCUGUAACGAACUAAACUUUUUUCCACUCUGCGCUGGCGUCUUUUGUACUCCUUGAUUUGACACAGCGGUCUAAUUACCGGGCUCGCGCACUAGCAGAUGAGACGGGAGCGCGCCGUGUUAUACCUGCGCGUGAACGUAAACUGAUCGGUUCUGAUCAUAUAAGCCGACUGGCCGAAAUAAUGCCCAAUUAUAUACAUUUCCUGGGGUUGCCUAGGUGAAUAGGGAUGCGGAUGUGCUCUAAGAUAAAAUAUUAUUUUAUUAAGUGGGGUUUGGCUGGUUGCUCAGCAGCCACGGUUGCGAGCUCGCACUUCAGCUGACGAGACAGCUGUUCGCCGCUACAAAAUUAUUAGGCCGUUUAUUGAAACACUCCCACACUUUUGACGACUUUUGGCGUGCUUUUUUCCCCUCGCUCGCACCGCUCGCAUCGUCUGCUUUGCGCUCCGCCAUGAUGGUAGUGUGACGUAAAUAUGCGACGCGUCGACGCACAAAAACAGCGUCGACGUAUUUACGUAACCGAUGGCGUCGACUAUGUCGACGCGUCGUUUCAGCCUUACCUGACUCACAUAUGAACUUGAAGUGCCAUCCCAUUCCUAACCCCAUAGGGUUCAAUAUGAUGUCGGUCCACCUUUUGCAGCUAUUUACAGCUUCAUCUCUUCUGGGAAGGCUGUCCACAAGGUUGCGGAGUGUGUUUAUAGGAAUUUUACACCAUUAUUCCAAAAGCGCGUUGGUGAGGUCAUACACUGAUGUUUGUCGAGAAGGCCUGGCUCUGAGUCUCCGUUCUAAUUCAUCCCAAAGGUGUUCUAUCCGGUUCAGGUCAGGACUCUGGGGAGGCCAGUCAAGUUCAUCCACACCAGACUCUGUCAUCCAUGUCUUUAUGGACCUUGCUUUGUGCACUGGUGCACAGUCAUGUUGGAAGAGGUAGGGAACAUGGAAUUGUCGAAAAUGUUUUGGUAUCCUGGAGCAUUCAAAGUUCCGGGCCAAGCCCAACUCCUGAAAAACAACCCCACACCAUAAUGCCUCCUCCGCCAUAUUUCACACUCUGCACAAUCUCGUCCAAAAUGUACUGUUCUCCUGGCAACCUCCAAACCCAGACUGGUCCAUCAGAUUGCCAGAUGGAAAAGCGUGAUUCAUCAGUCCAGAGAAGGCGUCUCCACUGCUCUAGAGUCCAGUGGGGACGUGCUUUACACCGCUGCAUCCCACACUUUGCAUUGGACUUGGUGAUGUAUGGCUUAGAUGCAGCUGCUCGGCCAUGGAAACCCAUUCCAUGAAGCUCUCUGCGUACUGCACGUGGGCUAAUUGGAAGGUCACAUGAAGUUUGGAGCUCUGUAGCAACUGACUGUGCAGAAAGUCUUUGCACUAUGCGCUUCAGCAUCCGCUGACCCCACUGUCAGUUUACGUGGCCUACCACUUCAUGGCUGAGUUGCUGUUGUUCCCAAACUCUUCCAUUUUCUUAUAAUAAAGCCGACAGUUGACUUUGGAAUAUUUAGGAGCGAAGACAUUUCACGCUGGAAAUCACAGAGCUCCUGAGAGCAGCCCAUUCUUUCACAAAUGUUUGUAGAAACAGUCUCCAUGCUUAAGUGCUUGAUUUUAUACACCUGUGGCCGGGCCAAGUGUUUAGGACACCUGAUUCUGAUCAUUUGGAUGGGUGGUCAAAUACUUUUGGCAAUAUAGUGUAUCUUUUAAACCAGGCGUCCGCCACACCUAGAGGGUCCACAGAGGUAUUGUGCAAAGGUCAUACAUUUUUACAUCCCCCCCCUGCAAUUUUCCUACUAAUUGAAAGUCGGCUUGCACGAUAUCACAAUUUCAAUAUUAACACUCAAACAAGGUACACAUGUGCACUCAUACUGUGUAUAUAAACACAAUGCCAUCAUAAAGCCUACUGUAACGCUCAAUUAAACACAGAAAAUAUCCCUAAACUGUGCUAGCACAUAAUCACAAAGAUAAUUUAUUUAAAAGAUAAACCUAAGACUUUGGUCAGGCUGAUUACUAACUAGUACUAGUACUAACCAAAUAUAUACUGCAUAAGAAGGGACUCAUAAAUUAUGUUUUUUUUCUGCAUGCAAUAAUGUGCUAAAAUAAAUAAAUGAAUGAUUAUUGUUCUUAACUAAACUGUGAAUAAAAUUAAAGUGCAAAUGAAAAUAUAGCUUCACAACUUGAAUCAUAUUUUUUGCGCUUAAGAAACUUCAGUAACACUUUAGUAUGGGGAACAUAUUCACCAUUAAUUAGUUGUUUAUUAAAGUAAUAAAGACUUAAUUAAGAGUUAUUUGGACACUAGGGGAACAUAUAAGGGUUAGGGUUACUAAUAAGCAAUAAUUCUGAGGUUAUUGAGGGAAGACUCUUCGUUAAUGGCUUACUGGUUGUAUAAUAAGGCCAUGCAGAAUAAGGCAUUAAUAAGUACUUAAUAAUGACUAAUUAAGAGCCAAUAUGUUACUA